UCAUUACUCCGCCGUCCUUAUCGCUCACGUCGCAGGCUCCUUGUUGUGAAAGCGCGACGUCGGUAAGUUAUAGCCUUCGGACGAUGACGGGUGUCGGUUACGCUGGUUCAGGUGGCCAGCAGCCAAUAGCCCGAAAUCAAGCUCCGCAGAAGCCGUUGUACAAUAAGGAGAGACCUGAUGAACAUGCGAAAUACCUCAAGAAGAACCACCACGAGGAAGAGACCACAGCUACACCACCCAGCCUUGCUAUCAGCACAUCAGCUCCUGUUGGAGAUCAUCGUUUGGGCCAACAACAAUCUGAUCUUCAUCAUGGCAAAGGGUCCCAUAGCCACCAGAGUGGUAGCCACUUCCACAGUGUUCAAGCCCCAGUGCAGCGUCCAGACCAUAUUGUUCCCAUAGUAGGUCCGCACUAGAUUUUCUUGUUCUUUGUGCUAUCAAAAUGUAAAACUAUUUCAUUCUCAGGCUCUCCCUCUCUCUCUCUCUCUCUCUCUCUCUCUCUCUCUCUCUCUCUCUCUCUCUCUCUCUCUCUCUCUCUCUCUCUCUCUCUCUCUCUCUCUCUCUCUUUUUCCCCCCCCCCCCCCCCCUUCCCUUUCCCCCUUCAUUCUUCCCCUCUCCUUCCUUUUCUCUAGUCACAUCUAACCGCUGUGCCAGUGUUUCAACCCCUAGGGACCCCGUCACCCCGCUCUCCCUGAUGGCAACCUUCGACAACGCCGAGAUUAAGGAAUUAUUGAAGGAUUUCCAAGACAUUCUUCCAAACAAUCUUCCGAAUGAGCUACCACCAUACCGAACGUAUCAACACGAGAUCGUAGAGGAACCGGGUUCGAAGCCGACCUUCCGAGCACCAUUUCGGCUCAGCCCUACGGAGCUGACCGACAUGAAAAAACAGAUCGAGUAUCUCCUACCCAAAGGACUCAUCCGACCAUCCACUUCACCGUACGGUGCCCUAGUACUCUUCACACCGAAACCGGACGGAAGUCUGCGCAUGUGCAUCGACUAUCGAGCUCUUAACAAGCAGACCAUCAAGAAUAAAUAUCCGAUACCGCGAAUCAAUAACCUGCUUGACCAGCUUCGGGGAGCUACAAUAUUUUCCAAACUGGAUCUGCGGUCCGGAUACUGGCAGAUACGGAUGGCGGACAACUCUAUCCACAAAACUGCUUUCCGAACUCGGUAUGGAUCGUACGAGUAUUUGGUAAUGCCAUCCGGACUCACCAACGCACCGGCAACGUUCCAAGCCGAAAUGAACCACAUUCUACGACCACUUUUGGACGAGUGCAUGGUGGUAUACCUGGACGACAUACUCAUCUACUCGCGCGACAUGAAGCAGCACGUCGAACACCUGCGACGCGCCUUCGAAAUUCUUCGACGAGAAUGAUUCUACGUCAAACUGUCCAAGAGCGAAU